UCUCUCUCUCUUGCAUCAUGCACUCAUUCGUGGAUUCUUGGCCUUGAAAAUCGCUUUCCUUUCAUAUUCGUUUUGAAAGCAAGGCAACCUCAUGUUGCAAGCCACACGCCCCAACAGUGAAAGGACACUUUCAAGUGAAGUGCUCAGCAGCUCCUAAACCAAGCGGUGUUUUGUCCUAAUCUCUCCCUCUCCUUAUAACCACUUCCAUUGCCAUCAUACCCAACUCAAUCCAAGAAAGUAAAGAGGUGAUAAUGAUUGUAGCAUGACUCCAGAAUAUGGGUUCAGAAUUUUAUAUAUCAUCCUCGUUGGAAGAGUCUGACUACUCUGUUCUCUGUACUGCAGAUUAUUGAAAAAAUAUGUGUUUUAACUUCUUUGCAGUCCAUGUUCAAAUGGGUCUUCUUAGUUUGGGUUGGUGAGAUAAUAGAUAGUUGCUUGCUUGCUUCUAUUUCAUGUGUCAUCUAGUUCUUUGUCAACUUAAACCAAAUCAAUGUUUUGAUUAUCGAAAACCCAAUUGCGGCUAUGCUUUUGUUAUGGCAUUUAAUGCUGUCCAUAUUACAUUGAAAGGCUCAACUGGUGCUUGUGGCUUCUCUUCUUUCAUACAAGGAUCCCAUUGAAGAUUGUGGGCUAACGUCUGUUUUUUCUUUGAAGGGAUUCUGCAAGUUAAAGCAGAGCACGUUGUAACCCUCCCCCAGUCCACCCAUUUGAUGCUGAUUUUGAGUGUUUCUCCUUUUUUCAUCUCUCUAGAAGUUUUACUCAUUGGGUAAUGUUCCUUUGAGAUUUGUCGUUAACUAUAUAUUUCAAAUUUGGAUCUUUGCUACCUUUUCAACUUUCUGUUACAUUUACUUACUACCAAAGGGAGAAACAAGAAAACCAGCAGCAAGAAGAAGACUUAAAAGGGUAGAAUAUUUUGAUGAAUAAUCUAAUGGGGACUGUGCACAUGGAAGAAACGAAAGGGAUUGAGAAGGAGAAUUCGGAAGAGAUGGGAGAUGAGCCAGAGUACACAAGUAGAAUUGCUCCGUGGAAUAAACAGAUCACAGUUAGAGGGGUCGUAGCUAGCUUAGUAAUUGGCAUCAUAUACAGUGUGAUAGUGAUGAAGCUGAACCUCACCACAGGCCUAGUACCCAAUCUGAAUGUUUCUGCUGCUCUACUGGCUUUUGUUUUUAUUAGAACAUGGACUAAGCUUCUUCAGAAGGCUGGAAUUGUAACCAAUCCGUUCACUAGACAAGAGAAUACCAUAAUUCAAACUUGUGCCGUUGCUUGUUAUAGCAUUGCUGUUGGAGGUGGUUUUGGGUCUUAUCUUCUGGCAUUGAAUAGGAAGACAUAUGAGCAAGCUGGAGUUGAUACAGAAGGGAAUGCUCCUGGCAGCAUAAAGGAACCUGGGAUUGGCUGGAUGACUGGUUUCCUCUUUGUUAGCAGUUUUGUUGGGCUGCUUGCGUUGGUUCCUCUUAGGAAGAUCAUGAUAAUAGAUUAUAAAUUAACUUAUCCAAGUGGAACCGCAACUGCGGUUCUCAUCAAUGGUUUCCAUACUUCUAAAGGAGACAAGCUUGCUAGGAAGCAGGUUCAUGGGUUCAUGAAGUUCUUUUCAAUAAGCUUCAUCUGGGCUUUCUUUCAGUGGUUUUACUCUGGUGGAGAGAGAUGUGGAUUUUCUCAGUUCCCUACAUUUGGAUUGAAAGCUUGGAAAAACUCAUUUUUCUUUGACUUCAGUUCUACUUACGUAGGAGCAGGAAUGAUCUGUUCCCAUCUUGUGAAUUUGUCUUUGCUACUUGGCGCUGUACUUUCUUGGGGAAUCAUGUGGCCACUGAUAGGAGGGAAUAAAGGAGAUUGGUUUCCUGCUACUUUACCAGAAAGCAAUAUGAAGAGUCUAAAUGGUUACAAGGUCUUUAUUUCUAUUGCUCUGAUCCUCGGAGACGGGCUCUACAAUUUUGUCAAGAUACUAUAUUUUACUGCCAAUAGCAUCCGUGCCAGAGCAAAGACUAACAAUUCUAGAACAGAUGAGUCGAAACAAGCUCCGGAUGAUCUUCGGAGGAAUGAAUUUUUCAUAAGAGAAACUAUUCCAAUGUGGGUAGCAUGUUUAGGGUACACUGCGUUCUCCAUCAUUUCCAUCAUUGUGAUCCCUCUCAUGUUUCCUGAGCUAAAGUGGUACUAUGUAGUGGUUGCCUACAUUCUUGCACCUUCUCUUAGCUUCUGCAAUGCUUAUGGUGCUGGUCUAACCGACAUGAAUAUGGCGUAUAACUAUGGAAAGGUGGCCCUUUUCAUACUUGCAGCCAUAUCUGGAGGAAAUAACGGGGUUGUCGCAGGACUUGUGGGAUGUGGCCUGAUUAAAUCCAUUGUUUCCUAUUCUUCUGAUUUGAUGCAUGAUUUCAAGACUGGUCAUCUAACUCUUACUUCUCCUCGGUCGAUGCUUCUUAGCCAGGUGAUUGGGACUGCAAUAGGUUGUGUUGUAGCUCCUCUUACAUUCUUUCUCUUCUACAAGGCUUUUGAUGUGGGGAAUCCUGAUGGAGAGUAUAAAGCUCCAUAUGGCCUCAUAUACCGAAACAUGGCGAUUCUUGGUGUCGAAGGAUUCUCUGCCCUUCCCCAGCAUUGCUUGCAGCUUUGUUAUGGUUUUUUUGCCUUCGCUAUCGCAGCCAAUUUGGUAAGAGAUCUAUUCCCAAAAAACAUUGGCAAAUGGAUCCCUCUCCCAAUGGCUAUGGCAGUACCUUUCUUAGUCGGGGCGAACUUCGCAAUUGAUAUGUGUGUGGGGAGUCUGGUUGUGUUUGCUUGGCACAAGCUAAACAGCAGAAGAGCAGGUUUGAUGAUUCCUGCAGUGGCCUCCGGCUUGAUCUGUGGAGAUGGUUUAUGGAUUCUCCCCUCAUCCAUCCUUGCACUGGCUAAAAUUCAUCCUCCAAUAUGCAUGAGUUUCAAGUAGAAAUGCGGUUGAGAGCUCGCAAAAUCUGUAGCUUUUGACCAAUAAACUUUAUUAUAGGCACAAAUAUAGAGAAUAAUUAGAGAGCUUCCCCUUCUUAAGCAGUAAGUUGCAGGGCACGUUGAAAUAGUGUAUUGUAUACAGGAACUAGUUAGAGCAAUCAAAAAAUAAAAAAUAAAAAUAUAUUUCUUAUUUGAAAUUGGAAAACAAUAAGAUAGAAUAAAUAAAUAAAAUCAUUUGAUUUUGUUUUUUCAA